AUGCAACGAGCGGCAGUCAGAGCGGCAGUCGCCUCCGCCCGCAGGGCUCCAGGCUUCUUGCUCAAAAACCGUCCCCCGCAAAAUAUCAGUGCUACCAGGGCUCUAACCACUAGCACUCUCGGGAGCAGUGGAAGUGGGACAGGCUCGAACUCCUACGUAAGGAAGUUUACGCUUGCCAUCGUUUCUUCGUUGGUUCUUGGAUCUGCAUAUAUUGCAUCGAAAGGAUCCAACCCGUUCCUAGCGAAAGUUUCCCUGCUUUCAAAUCCUAGUGACAAAGAUGCCUUUGCUGCCGGGGCCAAGGAAGACGUGAGGAUUAGGAAGAUUGUUGCUGUCGACCAUGAAUCCCUCUACACUGGCACGAUUACAGGAGAUGGGCCGUUGACAAAAGAAGAUGGCCGCGGCGGAAGGAAGGUGUUGGAAAUGCUCACGCCAGACGAAGCCUCCACCAAGCUAAGGCAAAACCAGGAGUCCUAUUUGGUGGGUAGAGAUAGAGGUGUCUACCGAUAUGAUGUCGUUCAGCUUCCUAGUAAUGAUCCGAUUGAGGAUGACCAUGCUGAGCGCAUCAUUGAGGUUCCAUCUGUUGAUGGGACGGUGGACGAUGCCAAAGCGAGCACGGAUUGGAUGUUUUGGGGUGUUUUCGAUGGACACAGUGGAUGGUAUACAUCCGCGAAGCUACGACAGCUCCUGAUUGGGUUCGUCGCCCGGGAACUCAAUGCUACUUACAAGGCUUCAAGCACUAGUCUAGAAAACAAACUUCCUAGCCCUGAAUCUAUCGAUGCUGCCAUCAAGAACGGCUUUCUCCGCCUCGACAACGAAAUCAUCCACGAAUCAGUUGAAAAAGCAACCAAGGCCCCAUCAAGGGCUGCAGCUGCUGAGUUGCUAGCGCCAGCGUUCUCCGGCUCUUGUGCCCUCCUAGCAUUCUAUGACAGCAAAACCAAUCUCCUACGAGUUGCAUGCACUGGUGAUUCUAGAGCGGUGUUGGGAAGGCUUCAGGAUAAUGGUAAAUGGGCCGCAACAGCUUUGUCAACUGACCAAACCGGCUCGAACAAGGAGGAAGCAAAGCGUAUCCGAAGCGAACACCCCGGAGAGGAGUAUGCUGUCUCAAAUGGCCGUGUCCUAGGAGGACUAGAGCCGACCCGAGCUUUUGGUGAUUCGAUCUACAAAUGGAGCCUUGAAACACAGAACAUGAUCAAAAGCAAGUUUUUUGGCCGAACCCCAAGCCAGAGGCUCAAGACCCCGCCAUACGUCACUGCUGAGCCCGUAGUUACGACAACCCGGAUCCAACCCGAGAAAGGUGACUUUUUGGUUCUAGCUACCGAUGGGCUUUGGGAGAUGUUGAGUAACGAGGAGGUCGUAGGUUUGGUUGGGAAAUGGUUGGAAGAUCAAAAGAAAGUCAAGGGGGGCGCUGCUGGAGAAUCAUGGCUCCGAAGCAUCUUUGGCUGGGGUGGAGAUGAUAAGAAGUCUCUUCCAGUUGCUACAAACCAUGACGGUAAUCAAGACGAUGCCGGUCAACGGGUUCCAAUCCGUCAGAGACAGUGGGGCAUCAGCUCGCCGGAAGAUCGAUUCGUUAUUAAAGACCAGAACUGCGCCACUCAUCUAGUCAGAAAUGCACUCGGUGGGAAGGAUAGUGAUAUGCUGUGUGCUUUGCUAACCCUUCAGUCGCCAUACUCGCGUCGAUACAGAGACGAUCUCACUGUUGAAGUUAUCUUCUUCGGCGAAGGUGAUAAGUCUGGCAAUGUUGUCGUCAACGAGGAAGCCACUGCAAAGAGCAAACAACAACAAGAGUAG